AUGGGCAGCGUCGGCGGCGGUUGCGGCUCGCCGGAGGAGGAGGAGGAGCGCACCGCGGGGAGUCGUGGCGACCCUCCGCCGCCAGCGGUCUGCGUCACGGGGUCCACCGGCUACGUCGGCUCCUGGCUCGUCCGCACGCUGCUGCGGCGAGGCUACCUCGUCCACGCCACCGCCAGGGACACAGGUAAGGCCUGGCAAGUGCUCGGUGCCGUGGAAGAAGGGAGGGACCGGCUCAGGAUGUUCCGGGCGGACAUGGGCGAGGAAAGGAGCUUCGACGCCGCCGUCACGGGAUGCGUGGCGCUCUUCCACGUCGCGGCCUCCAUGGAGCUCCACGUAUCACCCGCCCAUCACGACAACCUUGAGGAGCACGUGAGGUCAAGCGUGCUGGAGCCGGCGACGAGGGGAACCAUCAACGUGCUGCGGUCCUGCGUCCGCGCGGGGACCGUGCGCCGGGUCGUCUUCACGUCCUCCGUCAGCACGUUGACGGCGGUCGACGACGAGGGGCGGCGGAAGGCCGUCCUCGACGAGUCCUGCCUCAGAGCCCUUGACGACGUCAAGUGCAUCAAGCCCGUCGGCUGGAUCUACAUCCUGUCCAAGCGGCUGACUGAGGAGGCGGCGUUCAGGUUCGCGCGGGAGAACGGCGUCCACCUCGUGUCCCUCGUCCUGCCCACCGUCGCCGGGCCGUUCCUGACGCCAAGCGUCCCUACGAGCAUCCAGCUCCUGCUGUCACCCAUCACAGGUGACCCGAAGCUCUACGCGGUGCUGGCCUCGGUGCACGCCAGGUUCGGGUGCGUCCCACUGGCGCACGUGCAGGACGCGUGCGACGCGCACGUCUUCCUCAUGGAGGCGCCGUGCGCCGAGGGGCGGUACCUGUGCGCCGCGGGCGGGUACGCGGCGGCGCACCUCGCGCGGCUCCUCGCUUCGCGCUACCCUCCGUUCAGGCCCGGCGACAGGCUGAGCAGAGACUUCGACGACGCCUCGUGCUCGCCGCCGGUGGUUUCGUCCAGGAGGCUGAUGGAUCUGGGGUUCAGGUUCCGGCAUGGCGUCGAGGACGUGGUGAAGGACAGUGUCGCGCAGUGCCUUGCCCAUGGAUUCCUGGAGCAUCCUGAGACCUGA